GGUCUGGAUUUCAUUGGGGCGUCCUGAUUGGUUCAUGACGUAUCCUGGCGCCAACACUGAAAAUGAAGCGGAAGUGCAGAUGCUUUCUGAGGCUGAAGCGUUAAAGAACUCCUUUGCUCCAUAUAUCUUUGUUUUAGUAAAUUCCUUUUUGUAUCCGCGCUGCCCUCAUGGACGCGCAGUCCUACCACCCCGUUCCACCCGGAGUUGGAACAGAGGAGAAUUUUUUGUCGCUCGACGACAUUUUGCUGUCUCACCAGAGACUCCCGGUCCGGACUGAAUGCGCCUUCCCCCGGCUCGGCUUCCUGGACCGCUCGAGCGACUCGGAGGACUUACCGGAGGGAACCAAAAUGGAGCUCCCUCUGUGGCUGUCCAAAGGUCUGUAUGAGAGGAAGAGGAGAGUGCUUUCUGUAAAGCUCCCAAACGUCUACAGAGAGGGCUGGAGGACGGUGUUCACCGCUGACCCCAACGUGGUAAACCUGCAUAAGAUGGGACCCUACUAUUAUGGUCUGGGAUCACAGAUGCUGCACUUUGACAGUCCAGAGAACACCGACAUCGCACAGACCCUGCUGCAGACCUUUAUCGGCCGGUUCAGGCGGGUCAUGGAUUGCUCCCAGAACGCCUACAACGAGGACACGUCCUCUCUCCUGGAGCGUCUGGACUGUCUGGAGAAAGCCCUGUUCCAGGCCGGCCAGAGUGGUCUGAACGGCUUCCAGAGCUGGGAGAAGGGUCGAGCCUCUCAGCUGACCGCCUCCAGCCUGGUCCUCAACUACCGCAAGAGGAAGAUGGCCGACGUCGAGGACUGAGCCCUGCUGUGUUUAUAUGCUGAGAGAGACUCAUGGGCAACAUGGAGUCUGUCAGAGACCAGAUGAGGGUUCCACUACCCCAAAGUGUUUUCAUACUUCAUUCUUUGGACUUUGCGGUGAAGCUACAAACUGUCUUCUCAUGUAAUCCCUUUCAGACUAGUUACCUUUGACCUUCUUCUUCUUUCAUUCAAAAGUUUGAAAUGGAAAAUCAUUAAAUAAUUUAUUACAGUU